ACACUUCCGGAAACGGAGAGCGUGGUCGGUUCCUUCCGGUUCGCCCAGAACCCCGGAGAGUCGGGCCGGUCGGCGGAAGUGAGCAUCCAGCAGCCAAUGGACCACUUAUCUCCCGGUUCCGGAAGCACGACCGACGUCUUCGCUUCGCAAACGUCCUACCGCAACCGCACGGGCUCGCGGCCGCUUCCGGAAUGCGCCGAGCGUCCUGCCGACGAGCUGCUCACCCACAGCGAGUACCUUGUACAGGUGAGGAGCAUACCCUACUUGCCCUACGUGGCCCACAAGCGACUGGUCACCAUAGUGCACACCCCGGUGAGGGGCUGGUACCACUCGGGCACCCUGGAACCCAUAAGAAUUCACUCCAGGCUCAGACCGAGCGUCCUCGCCGCGGAGCUCACCAGGAUACGCGACCUUCCGAGGCCCAGCAGCGUCUGCUACCUCGAGAAGUACCUUAACUCCAAGGACCACAUCUACUUCGAUGACGAAGCUCGUGAAAUUCGUGCUAAAGCGGACUCUCUUCUGCGUCGCAUCCACGUCUUCGUGCCCAGGCCUUCACCAAGUGACUUCCUGGAGGAAAUCGUCCCCGAGAGGAUGCGAAGCGACGACUACGUCCGGCGUCUUCUGGGUGCCCGGAAGAACCUGAAGAAAAGCGACGUGGAGACCCCGUAUUACUCCUCUCCGGAACAGCGACAUCUCGGCGGCGGAAAUCUCGCCUGCGUGAAAUACGUCGCGGGUAAGCCGCAGCCUCGCAGAAAACCGUACAUCACCGUCGCCGACCUGAGACCAGCCGACAUCAAGAGCGACGUCAAUCUCCUCAGCUAUUACAGCAAGAAUCGACAAGCGGCCGCCAAUGCCUGUGAGUAGAGGAAAGCAUCGAUU